UAAUGAAUGCUGGGUGUUUCAAACGCACCCACCCUGUUGUUGCGAAGGUAACUUGUUCAUUAGCUCUGGAGAUAGGACACGUAGUUAGCAAGCUAACUAGCAGAUAACAGUGCGGACAUACAGAAGUGAGGAACAGUAGAGGGGAAAGGAAGAAGCGCUUUUUAAAUACUUUGGUUUGGCAAAAAAGUAAAAGUGAGUACUAAACAACCGCACGAUUGCUUUCACCUUGGUAGCUAUGAAGUUGUGAUCUAACGUGAGCGUUAGCAGCCUUUUUCCAUCAACUACAAACGUUUUUGUCCUCGCCCCCAACUACAGUUCGCUGUAUCUACAUAGCCGCACACCGGCUAUUUUUGGUGAUUUUGAAAAGCCGACUUUUGAGCCUGCCAAGCCCUCCCACUGUCAGACCGCCAUGCCGUUCCCCUUCGGGAAGUCAACGAAGAGCCCCGCAGAAAUCGUCAAAAGCCUAAAGGAGAAUGUGGCCAGCCUGGAGAAGCUAGAGACUUCCGACAGCAAGAAAUGUGAAAAGGUGUCAGAGGAGGUGUCCAAGAACCUGGCGUCCCUGAAGGAGGUGCUGUGUGGCACGGCGGACAAGGAGCCCCAAACGGAGGCGGUGGCACAGCUGGCACAGGAGCUCUACAACACAAACCUCCUCAUCUCCCUCAUCGCCAACCUGCAGAGGAUCGACUUUGAGGGCAAAAAAGAUGUGGUCCACGUCUUCAGUAACGUUGUGCGCCGUCAGAUCGGGACACGAACCCCCACAGUGGAAUACAUCUCCUCUCACACACAGAUACUCUUCAUGCUGCUGAAAGGCUAUGACAGUCCGGAGGUGGCGUUGAACUGUGGCAUGAUGCUGAGGGAGUGCCUCCGCCACGAGCCCCUGGCGAGGACUGUGCUCUUCUCUGAGGACUUCUACCGCUUCUUCGGCUACGUGGAGCUCUCUACCUUCGACAUCGCCUCCGACGCCUUCGCCUCGUUCAAGGACCUCCUGACAAGGCAUAAGAUUAUGUGUGCUGACUUCCUGGAGACAAACUACGAGAGGGUGUUUACAGAAUACGAGAAGUUGCUGCAUUCUGAUAAUUAUGUUACCAAGCGACAGUCUCUUAAGCUACUGGGGGAGCUGCUGCUGGACCGGCACAACUUCACCGUCAUGACCAAAUACAUCAGCCACGCCGAGAACCUCAAGCUGAUGAUGAACAUGCUGAGGGACAACAGCCGCAACAUCCAGUUCGAGGCCUUCCACGUCUUCAAGGUGUUUGUGGCCAACCCUAACAAGACGCAGCCGGUGCUGGACAUCCUGCUGAAGAACCAGACCAAACUGGUGGAGUUCCUCUCCCACUUCCAGACCGACCGCUCCGAGGACGAGCAGUUCUGCGACGAGAAGAACUACCUGAUCAAGCAGAUCCGGGACUUAAAGAGGCCCACGCCGCCCGAGGAAUCCUCCUAGGGAAAAGAAAAGAGAGAAAAGAAAAACCCUUGAAACGGCUGCUGGUAAAAAAAAAACAUGGAUAAUGGCGUAAUGAAAAGGGAGGAGGUUUGGAUGUUUUUGGGGGUGGGAGCUGGGAGAAUUUCGCUGAGGUUUCGGAGGGAAAACAAAAACAAAACAAAAGGAAAGGUGACGGAGAGGUUGGAGACCUCAGUGGAGGCAAGAGAGGAUUUAGAAAAAAGGGUUUAGGGAGAAGAAGAGAUGGCUUUCUGGUCCUUUGUUUCCUCUGCAUUUGAACCUCUAUAAUAGGGGGAAAACAUAGUUAACGUUCUUGUGCAGACCCUCUUACUUUCCCAGAAUAUAUAGGCAGUGAAAGGUGGUGGUGGUGGGGGCGGUGGAGAUAUGAGGAGAGGAGUGAGUUGGACCCACACACUCUUUGACAUAAGCAUAGCCAGUCAACAAAGGUGUGAAAUCCAACUUGAUUUCAAUACCUCAAUGCUCAAGACUGUUGUUCAGUUGAAGCAGAAGCCCACACUCCUUCCCCCACCAACACACAAACACACGCAUGCAUCUCCAUAGGAGUCAACACUUCCUUGAAACAUUAAAAAUUGUGCCUGAAAUAUUGUAAUGGCACACAAAUGGAAAACCUUAAGAUUGUAUAUGAUCUCUCGUUGUGAAUAGCGUUAUAUAUAUGGCUCAGUAUCGGCCAAUAAGAGGGCAGCCUUACAAAGAACGCCUCUCCCAACAUUUUAAGCGAAAUGAAUUUGAAACUACUCACUCCAGACUAAAACAAAAAAAUUGUCAGUUGCGCAACUUGGCUGGCUCUCUCCACACCGCACUUAUAAAUAAUUUUCCUCAUCUACUUUGGGGUUGUUACAUGUAAAGACACCUCUUUGAUACUGGGUUUCACCUCUUGUGCUUCUCUGACGACAGAAGUGUAUUAGUGUUUUCUUCCUUUUUUUUCUUUUUUUGCUUCGCUUGGGCUAGGUUGUUAGGAAGUGUAUUUUAAGUAUUGUAGGGAUAUUUAAUAUUUUGUUUUCUCGCUUCAAGGUUUUUUAGGGAAUUUUCAUAGUCAAAAACAGCAAAAACUUUUUUUUUUUCCAGGGUUGAGUCAUAUUUUUCCAGUUAUGUAUCCACAUAAUGGUACACGCAACACAGGAGUUGCAAACAACCCUGUACACAAACACUGUAAUAAUAUUAUUGUGGUUGGGAUGGACAUUUUGUUGUUUUUCUUUUGCUUUGUCAGAUGCCCUUCUGUUUCCUAGGUAACUGAAGGCGUUUGGAAGCAGAUUUAAAGUAGGCGUCAAACCAAAAUGGCCACCAUAUAUACCUGGUUCAUACUCCAGCCCUUUUUACCUGCACUGUUAAACUUGAACGAGCCGAAACUGUGGUUACCAUACAAGAUCUUUAAUAUUGACCACAGUUUUUUAAUUAACACAGUGUGACUGGGUCCAUUUCUGUAUAAACACCCCCUGCAGUAGUCCUUUGUCAUGGGCCACUUGAGGUGUUUGGGAGAAAUGGAAAAACGGAAGAAAGGGUUCUACUGAGAGCGAAAGAAUGCGAGAGAGAAAGAGAGAGUUGUCCUGAAUGCGAAAUGGUAUACCUUGAGUUGAAAUUUAUAUUCUAUGUAACCUGUUUGCACAAACAUGUUUUUUUUCCUUAUAUACCUCAUAGGUUUUUGAGUUCCUAAGUGCUGUGUACUCAUUUCUCCUUCACAAGUUUUUAUUUCAAAUGACGAUAUUGUUGAUGGGUGGGGCAGGUAUAGGUUAGGAUGAAUUAUGCUUACAAAGCGUUUCAGAGAAAACAACUCGGCUUCAAACCAUUUUUGAGGCCUGCACUUAGUAUAAGAAUGCAAAAACCCUGGCAGUUGUGAAAGCUCCCGUUAAUCCAGAAAAUAGUAAUAAUUUUAAAAAACUGUGCAUAACUGCCCCACGCGCACACACACACACACACACACACACACAAAUGCACAGAUAUUUGAAUGUGAAUUUUAGUUGCAGCGUGCUAUGUAGAGUGCUUUGGGGUGUUGCUCAGAGUUACUACCUAAAGCAUUGGUGCUGGCCAGUGCAGUUCCACUGAACUAAUGGUGUGUGUGGAACUCUGCUUGAACGUGCAAUAACAGAUUCAAGUUCACCUGCAUUACGCGUACCAUUUUUAAAAGGUCACCCAUCUCAUCUCACAACAGGUCUACCACACAGCUGUGUGCCAGCAGAGGGCUAGCAGUACAUUGUAUUACGUUGUGUGGUGUUAUUGCAUAAACUUGCCAGAAAGGUCACAUUUUGUCUCCCGUUCAAUCUGAACUCCCAUGUCAUUUGAAUGCAAGCUAGCACAGCUUUCUGAAACUGCAAAUCUGGGUAUAUACACACAACAUUGAUUGAGAUUGCAUUAGGAUUUGCAUUUCUAGGGAGAGCUCAAAGAAUCGAUUCUGUGCCACUCGUCUUUUAAGCAUCACUUUACACUGUCCUCAAAAUGAUCUUCAUCUCUCUUUUGAGACUCAUUUUAUUCAGAAUUUUUAAAAUGCUGUUAUGAUUUCACCCCAGCGGAGUUCAAACUUAAAUAAAUAUAAAACUUGCCUGUGCUGUGAAUAUUUUUCUGAUGCACAUUUUAAAAGAGGUUUAUUUUUUCACUUCUUCCUUUCCUUGACAACUAGUAAUAAUUGGUUCAGUGCCUUUCUCGAUUGAAUGGGAGUGAAUGUAAAUAUCUUGUGCCAACCUGCUACUGCAUAGCUGGGCGAAUGAAUGCUUCCCAACUGAUGAAAUCUUUGCGGGACGUUGUGUCAUUGGCUGUACAUUUCCAGGGAUGCAUUCUGUAGUUGUGGUCUUAAACCAUGAAGAGUUGCUCCAAAAGGGAGUUCAGGCCUUGGUGAAAUCGACAUUGUUUUUAAAACACAAAUUGUAUUUUUUAUAAACAUCUUUUUUUCUAAAUUCAACUAACACAACACCCAACUAUUGACUGAUUUGGCAUAAUUAAUGUGCAAUAAUGUUGGCUGUGGCUGAAAAGCAACACUGUUUGCUACUCUAGUAAGAACAACUGUCCUGAAAUGCUUCAUUUUGCUUGAUGUAUUAUGCAUCCACUGUUCUGGAACUGUAAACAGAAGAGAAACAGCAUGGGAAAAUGAAUUGUUGCAGUACCCUUGUUCACCACUGGAGAGCGCUAUUGUUACCACGCUCAUACAGUACAGUGAGGAAGUGCAAAUUGGGAAUUGAUAUUCAUAGAAUACCUUGCUUUGCAGUUAGCAAGCACACAAAGUGUGACUAAAGGAGGGAAAAAGGAAAAUAAAUAUGUAAACUCCUGAAACUAUUAUAAUUGCCUUUAAUUGUAGUGCAGGUUGAAAACUGAGAGGUUUUGUCUUUUCUUUUCUUUUACUUUCUUGCCACUGUGGGCCGAAAAAGUAUUUUCUUGACAUCAAGCGCUCAUUGAUAGGAUGAAUGUAUCAAUCAUGCAUGAAUUAGAGAGAGAGAGAGAGAGAGAAAAGCAGCGUAGAGUUAAUUUUUGGGAAUGUUUCAGCUUAACUUUGCCCCUCUCAGGGAGAUGAGUGCUGGAUUAAAAGCAUACUACUUCUGGUGUGUAAGCUUUAAAAAUAACACAACAAAAAGAAAACCUACCCUGGUUACAAGUGGUUAUCAUUAUUCUGCUGCCGUUUGAAAGACUCGAUGCAAUUUUGUGAUGUCAAGUUUCAAAGAAUAUUAUUAUUAUUUUGGUGACUUUUUUUCUCUUUUUUUUCCAAAGUCUGUCAGAUUUAAACUGUAAAUGUUUGCUAUGCUAAGUAUUUUUCACACUUUUUUGCCUUUUCCAUUUUGUUUCCUGUAUGUUUUCCUUUUUCCAAAUAUUUUUUUCCAACUGGGAGAGGAUUAAACAUGUACAUAAAAUGUAUUUUAAAGAAUAGUGUGGAAGCAUAUUAAAAUAAAAUAAAAUAAUACUGUUUGUCUUG